AUGGCGGCGACGCGGGCGCAGACCGACGGCCCUCCGGCGGGGGCAAAGUGCAAAGUGAAACUGCCGAAGCUCGAGUUACAACGAUUUAGCGGCGCCGCCACGGAGUGGCAGUCCUUCUGGGAGCAGUUCGAGCAAGCGGUGCACGGAAACGACGGCCUCUCCAACGCAGAGAAGUUUUUGUACUUGCGAUCUGUGCUUUCGGGAAAAGCCGCAGCGGCCAUUGCCGGCAUUCAAGUGACUGGGGCGAAUUACGCCACUGUCAUCGAACUUUUAAAAGAGCGCUUCGGUCGACGAGACGUGCUGAUUCAAGGACACCUGACUCAGUUACUCGACUUGCCAACUGUACAGAACGAAAAGGUGCACAUCGGCCUACGUCGACUCUAUGACCACCUGCAACGCAAUAUCGCUGGUCUCACGGCGCUCGGAGUCAAGACAGACAGUUACGGCGCCCUGUUCUCCUCCGCACUCCUGCGAAUGCUGCCAACCGAUCUUGUUGUCGGAUACCAUAAGAGACUUUCCGCUGCAAGCAAAGAUGACGCGAUCAGCAUCAAGAGUUUGCAAGUUUUUCUUAAAACAGAAGUUGAGAGCCGGGAAAAGGCACUGCAACCUGUCCUAGGUGAAGAGGACAUCAUGAUCUACCCAUUCGGAGGAGCAGGAAACAUUAUCAAAGAGAAGCGCAGAAGAGUAAAAAUUUGGCUAAGAAGUCAAUACGACCGUAAAGAGCACUCUAUCGAAGCUCUGGAAAUACCUGAGAUCUGCUCUGAUCGGCUUCAUGUUCCUGAGGACAUCCUAAAAGAGGUGCAAGCGGACAUGGAUGAACUGGCAGAUGUGACAGUUGCGCCAGCCCAUUUGAUGGGAAGCGGGAUCGACAUUCUUAUCGGUGCUGACUAUUACUGGACUUUGGUGUGUGGUGAAGUAAGGAAGCUGCAAGGCGCACUAGUUGCUGUAAAGACCGAUUUUGGCUGGACUCUGCAAGGAGCGAUUCCCAGCAGUAGCUCAGCUGCCUACUGCUCAACCGUGGCAGUGCUGCGUGCCGGAGUGUUCGCCGACACCACCAGCUUGUCCAAGGAGCUCAAAUCGUUCUGGGAACUUGAGAGCAUUGGAAUUAUCGACUCUUGUGCCCAAACGAACGAAGAAAGCGAAGAAGUCAUGAGCACAUUUUCGGCAUCGGUAGAGAAAAUGGACAAGCGCUAUGAGGUAGCACUGCCCUGGAAACCCUUGAACAUGCAACUCGCCGACAACAAAGCUGUUGCAAAGAAGCGCUUGACUAACCUCACAAAGAAGUUAAUGAAAGAUGACUCGACACUGAUCAAGUAUGACGAGGCUAUCCCCACCGUGCGCCACCAUCUGUCCACGACAGGAGAUUAUCCACAAAUAAGAAAAACCAUCAGCGAGAGCCUUUACGUGGACGACCUCAUAACAGGAGCGAACACAGUGGAGGAGGCUACAGAUUUCUACCGAGGGGCACUAGAUGUCAUGAAUCGAGCAAGCAUGACACUGCGUAAGUGGAACUCAAAUUCCAAGAAGCUGCAACAGCUGUUCAACGACGAAGGAACCGGAUGCGCCCUUGGCUACGUGGAAUGUCCAACAACAAGUGUCUCACGGGUCCUCGGACUUGUAUGGGAUAAGGACAGAGAUCACCUAGCAUUUUCCAUGGAGGCCAUCUUAGAUUUCCUAGACCGAAACAGCAACACCAAACGAUUCAUUCUUCAAGCAUCGGCUCCGUACACAUGUAUGGUGUUCCUUGAGACGGGCGACCCGUCCUCAUCUCUGGCCUUGCCUCUCUGCGCAGAGUGUCGUGACGGAGGUGCCGAGUCCGGGCGUUCCAAGAAGGCGUCUGGCGGCGGUGGUGGUAGUGGCGGCGGCGGCACCGGCCUGGGCCGCCUCUUCCGCACCCUGGGCAGCAAGAAGGAACGCUGCAAGACCUCGCCUCGCCACCUGGCCUCCAGGCUGAGGCCGGCCGCCGUCGGGUCCACGUCGGCCUGCCGGCAGCCGGACGCCGCUGCGGCGCAGCUGCAGUGGGCCGCCGCACCGGAAGUGUCGCCGCCGUCCUCGGGUCUGCAGCAGCCGGGCCUGGACGAGGAGCUGCUGACCGACGAUCGCUGUCUGCAGCUGAUGCUCGCCGUUCGAGAGGGUCACAUGACCGGAGACCAGGCGCUCAACAGGAUUCGCCAACGGGGCACGCUGCGAUUUCGCAACAACCGAAACCGCGAAGAGUUGCUGAAUGACCUUGCCAGGGGCAUCGCAUGGAACCAAGGUGGCCCCAAGAAGGCGCAGGCUAACGCGGUCUUUUACACAGACGGUGUGGGCCCGGCGUCCGGCUGCCUAGGACCGUGCCGUGGUCCCGCGGGCUUGUCCGCGCCCGCGCAGCCCAUCUACUACGAGCCGCCCGAUGCGGUGGGGCUGGUGGCCACGGGGUCGCCCCUGCGCACCGCUGCCACCGUGGUCGUGGCGGCGCCGGGUUCCUCGUCUUCUUCCUCUUCGUCGUCCGUUCUGGUUUCCGACCGAUGCUGCGGCACCAGCGCGACCAGCACCGUACCGCGGCCCAACGCCAUCGUGUCGCCCUUCAGGGCGGCCAAGCCCGUCUCGGACCCUGGUCCGGCCCCGGUCUACGGCUCCACCACUGAGGUAUGCGACGGCAACUGCGGCAACAUUAUGUGCAGCGUCCGCGCCUCCUCGGACAGCCCCCCGUCGUCCGAACCGUCCACGUUGCUGCCGCCGGGUCACACCGCGCUGCUGACGUCGUCCAAGGCGACGUCGCCCGAUGCCCCGGACUCCGUCAACGAGGACGACCAGCGCGGUUGCGAAGGGGACGCGAACGCCGGUGGCGUUAACGCCAAGCGCGACGACGGCGGCGGCAAGCGCGACGGUUCCUCGCCCGCGGCGGACGGCGCCCAGCGCACCGUGCCGGACGUGGCGCACGACAGCGAGCUCAAACGCGCCGCGCUCGCAGCAGCCGCCGCCGCCGCCGCUGGCGCUGGCGACAAACCAGCUUCCGACGACGUCCGCGCCGCGACGUUUGGCGCUGCGGUCGGCUCGGCGGUGGUGGCGGGCAGCGUGACCGGCGCUCCGAGUGUCGAGUCGUCGUCUGCCAACGUCAGGGUCGUCACGAUGCUGGGCAAGCUUCGGGGACGCACGCCAACGCGCAACAGUUACUGUGCCAGUGAGGAAGGACAGUCCCAGUCUUCAGACUACGAGGACCAGGAGGAGACUGAAAAGCAGAUGGGAGAAGCCCAAAAAACUCCAGACCAGCAGCUGAGGAACACACUUGUAGGACGGGUCAGGCAUCUCCACAAGGAUGUCAAGAAAAAGAUAUCUCGGUUCAGGAACAGCCGGAGCUCUGUCGACGGGACGAUGGAAGACAAGGACCUUCCGGAUGAAAUCCUUCAACCCGGAAGCUCUGUGGAAAGCAUUCCCAGUGGAUCUGUGGGCUCCCGAUCAAGCAUACAGGCACACACUCCCACCAGCAGCAACAGGAGCUCUUCCUCCAUUGGCGAAGAAGAGUGCAACCCACAAUGCUUCGGCCCUUUCGUUGGCCGUGCACGUGCUCUUGUGGACUGCGUACCUUCUCCUUAUGACAAGGAUGGCCUUGCAUUCAAGAAAGGGGAUAUUAUAGACAUCCUGUCUAAGAACACAACAGGCACAUGGGUUGGUGUUGCGAACAAGAAGGUGGGCCAUUUCAAGUUCAUUAACGUAGAAGAAAUUCCGACGGAAACAAAACCACGAAAGCGAAGGUUCCCAAGUGUGCCGAAGCUAGAGCAGAGGCCUGAAUCCCUGGAGGAGUUGCUCGGAAUGUUUUCCCUACAGAAUUAUGUCAACGUAUUCAUGCUGCAUGGCUACCAAGAUCUCGACACCUUCAAGGAAAUAACAAAGGAAGACCUGGAGAGCUUGGGAAUCAAUAAUGAAGACCACCAGAUGCAAAUCCUCAGGGCUGCUGAAGCACUUCUCGAACACGAUGGGGAAGUCCUUGGUGAAUACUCGGAGGUGCCUGCCUGCCCCGAACUUCCACCUGUCAAGGAAGGGGAUGCAGACCUAGCUCUAGACAGUGUAAUCAAUGAUCUCGACAGUGUGCCCAGCACGUUCCAGAAUGACCGAAAGGCAUUCACAGUGACCAGCGACGGUGACUCUUCCUUGAACAAUGGAAGCAACCUCUUGCGUUUCCCGAUGAACAUCCCCGUGCCUGAACCGGAUAGCCCACCCGCUUUUGCAACAAGGUGUGAUGACACCAAAGAGAGGGCAUUCAACGGAACCAACACCCCCCCGCUUCCUCCGUCGAUCGUCAGUGCGGCCGUUGAGCGGUUCGAGCUGCGUCGAGCUUCGGCUGACUGCAUACGAAAUCACAUUCCGAAGAGCCUGCAGAACGUAUUCCGCAAGCUGAGUGGCAACGGAGGCGAUGAUGACAGUCGUUCCGCUUCAUUUGAUGACGAGGCACUGGCCGAGUCUCCUGCAAAAACGUCGUAUGGCUCAAGCUUUGCUCGGAAAGUGAAAGCGUCGGCCCUCCUUCGGAGGGACUCCCACGACCCUCGCAAGGCCAGUGAUAGGAAGGGAAGCCUACACAAUGUUGAGGAGACAGCGGCAGCGGCGGCGCUAUCCCUGCAUAUGUGCAUUGAACACAAGCUAGCUGCAGAAGGCAUUGACCUGUGCCAGGAGCCUUACACAGACAAGAUUGGCUUUUGUGGCAUACCGCCAGCCUUGGUACAGCGGUACUCCGAGGAACUUCAAAGGGAUAUAGCAGAAACUGCAGAAGCCCUGGACAAGAUUCGCAUCACAGAAUUGGAUCGCAUAGGCAAGCAAGGGGUUCCCAAUGACUUCCUGGCCGACUCCUGCCACGGCACCAGCGUGGAGGCCGACUACUCGGGCGGCCUACGGCCCUGGCUCGUCUCACUCGGCCUGCCCAUGUAUGAACCGCUGUUCCUCGAGGCCCGGCUCUGCGACCUGGCGCGCAUCGCCCAGCUGCAGGAGCAGGACCUGCGGGCACUGGGCAUCUCCAAUGUGCGGCACGUCCGGCACCUGGCGGCCGCCAUCGGCGCGCUGCAAAUGGAGCAGAGCCGCUACGGCAUCGAGCUACGAUGACAGCUCCUGCAGCAGUGGCACGCCACUCGCGAGCAGGUGGCGCGCACCUGCCAACGCUUGUUGUCCAGCGGGAGCGACACCAGGGCGCUGUGGCGGCGGGCUUCGUCACCGUCGUAGACGCGAGAGGGUGGCCGGUACGCCUUCUCUGUGUGGGGGACAGCGGUCGGUGACUGUGUACCGUGAACGGAAGCGGACAACAUUUUUGGCCACUGCGGCCCGCCCUUGUUUAGGAGAUGCCAGAACCGAGUGUGGUAUUCAGUGUGUGACUACGGUGCACAAGAUUGCUCCCUGCGUUGUGAAAAGGCGUUAGUUAAUUUCAUGCUUGCCUGCUGCCACGGCCUUCAACAGAAUCUUGUUUCGUUGCUGUAGGCUCAGAGCGUGGCUACUGCAGUUUCUUGUGCAAUGUUGGUUAGCGGCUACUUAGCAACUGUGGAAAAAUGGCCAUCUUCUUAGAGGUGUUGGAAAUAAGCACAGUAUCAAGUCUGUAGAUGCCAGAAACGAUAUCAAGGCCCACGUGCACAACUUGAAAUCGAAAAGUGGGCUGAAAGUUUUUCACAGCAAAGGUUAAAGUGCAGUCCCCACUUCCUGCAUCGUGGGCCUAGGCCACUCAAAAACUAGCUGUUCUUUCAUGAUGCCUGUGUUCCAAUGACAUCUGCAUGAAAUAUAACUAGGCCAUAUGUGAGAGCUUCCUGUUCUGCAAAAGACUAACAUAGAGCUAUGCUCUUUAACUCGUGGCCAGUGAUAUGAUCUCGGUCUAGAAGACUGGUUGCAUAGAAGCAAAUUGUUCCUUUUUUUUCUGUUGCUUUUAUUGAAUCAGACACACACAUUCUGAGAGUUCAUCGAGCACUUACCAACCCUUGUCACUAGACACGUAUAAUUUUGAAGACACUGGUGCUUUACAUUCACUGCGAUCACAAGAUCCACACUUUGCCCAAAAAUGCCAAGUUGAGCAACAAGACAUGCAAGUUGCAGCACCAGAGUACAGGGGUGCCAUUAUAGAAGUAAACACAACUGGCUCAUGUCUGUGCUUUUCCAUUGUUCACAUAUGGUUUGUUUACAUGACCAUUCUGGAACGGUAAGACCAAAUAUACUGUUAUUCUUUCAAACUUUAUUUUUGAUGUCUAUGAUUGAGGAUGUUCAAGUUGCAUAUUUGACUGAAUCAACCACGGCUGUUACAGCUGCUAGCACAACAUUUUUGGAACUCUGAAACCAUAAGAAAAUGCAACCUUUUGGUAGCCCGGUCAAACAAUGUGAAACUCCGAGGUGCACAGCCCAGUUUGCACACACGGACACACAAACAAACACACACCAUUUCCCCACUGCAUGCUUAGAUCGCAAAAAAAUUUUUCAAAAUGUACGUGUAAGCAGAGAUUACAUUUUGCGCAUUGCAGCUAACUGGAAAAUUGUUCAAAACACAAGGUGGAACCAGCCUUGUGCUUCUAUACCUGCAAUACACAAGUACAUGAUCAGUGAGGCAAAGGUCAUGGGGUGUCUUCACAUUUUAGGCAACAGUGACUGCAUUGCAUGUUUCAAGGUCGAUUCGAAUCUGAAUCGCUAGUUCAGUGCCAGUUUUUGCUCGUGCAGAACUGGCAUGACAUGACCUGCACGAGCCCUGCCCUACCUCUCAAACAAGUACAGCGAAUGUUGUGUACUUGUUGUGCACGAAGUCUGCAUUGCGUACGAGUAAUGGCAACAUGCAGACGUCGCCAUGUUGAACUGAUGAAACAACUCGUAAAGAUGCAGCGCCUCCUUGACUACUUCAGAAAGUGUCGGUGAACCUAAUGGACUUUCAUUGUCACUGCUGUCGCAGUGCCAUUCGUACAAUUCUGUCUUGGGCAAGAAGCGCAAUACAAGCCACAUGUCCUUUACUAUACUGCUGCUUUCCUUACCUUGACAUAUUUGCAGUAGGACAACAAAGCCAAGUUAAAGAAAAUGUGCCACUAGGUGCUUUUCUUUUUAGUAAUAUUGGCUGAGACUUGCUUCCUAGCGCCAUUCUGCCUUCGAAGCCAUCUCUUAGGCUUUGAAUGGAAAGAGUGGCUGUCAGGAAAACAGGCCUUGUGCUGCAGUGCACAAACUUGUGCUGCUUGUCACAACCAUUGUGCAUUCAAAUUGACUAUGCACACAUUCUGCUAGAAUGUGUGUGUUACACAGGCUUUUACUUAUAUACUCAGCGAUGUGUAAUGACUGCAAGCCAGCGUCUUCUAAAGUGCUAGCAAAGCACACACUUCUAGUAAGCUGAGGCACCAUGGCAGAAGCUUUAAAUCCUGUGUCAUUCGACACCGUGGGUGCAAAGUUGGAAAGCAGAAGUCAUGAAUUUGCACCGGGUGGUGGCUAGAAAAUCGUCAUCACUUCUGGCAUCUCGAGAGCAAUACUCUUAAAAGGAGAAUGUCAUUGUUUGUGUGGUAGAGAUGACUUUUACCUUGUUUGCCAUUUCCAUGCUGUGGUCAUAACGUGCCAGUCUCUCAAGAGUUGAUAUCAUGUACCACCAGUACGUUUACUGUGUGCAACAUGUCAUGUAGCUUAAACAUUGCUGUAUGUCAACUCUUGAGGCUCUGCUUCCGAUUUUGCGUUCCUAAGAUUACCAAAGUGAUAAAGCUCUUUGUGAGAUUGAUCCAUUGCAUGUUUGUUGUGCUGGGCAGUGUUUUACAAUAAUGUUGUAAAUAACAAAAAAGAAAUUGCGCGCAUGAAAGGUAGCAUGUGCCCAUGAUGUAUGUGUGUGUGUGUGCAUAUGUACAUGCGACGGUUAACAGUGCACACUACAGGAAUUGUGGCACAAGAUGUUGCAAGAAUGAUCCAGGAUGGGCUAAUAUGGGCAGUUGUUGCUGCCAGUUCAUUCACCUUGGUGCACUGUUAGGCCUCCCCUUUGCCAUUAUGUUGUUUAUGGAGCAACAGUUUUUUUUUUAGCGAAAUUCUUGCAUUAGGUGCGCCUAGGAGGCUAAGGAAUUCUCGGGCUGCACUAAUGUGACAUGGAUAAGCGCAACUUCUGUUCCAGUGUUUGUGCUUUUGAGAUUUGUGAAUUAAGAUUUUUUCAAAAGAUUGCGUAAAUCACACUUAAUAACGAAGGUCCAUGAAGUGCUGCAGUCCUCAGCCAUCAGUAGUAGUUACUGCCUUGUGCAUUUGUCUAGUCAAGCGUAAGGUACUUCUCACAAUACUGAAGCCGUAGACCUGGUCAUGCCUGGUGCUUCCUUUGUGCACUUUCAAUACCAACGUGGAAUCCACUCACUUCCAGCAGGGAAAUGUAAAUAGCGCUGUAAAGAAAUCAAGUCAUGUCUUUCUGUGCCCUGUACUUUACCAAGAUGCCGAGAUAGCUGUUAUUGUAUGUACAGUAAAGCUCCUGUGAAUAAACUAUGUUUUUAAGUAUA